AUGCAUCCCCCAGCUAAACUUUCAGAUGGUUCCCUUAAUGCAGCCUACGACCUUUGGCUUCAACAUGACCAACUGGUUAUGUCUGCAUUGAUCUCUUCCCUCUCUGAGCCUAUCAUUGCUCAAGUUGUAGGCAACACCUGUGCACGAGAUGUGUGGCUCUCACUUGAGUCUACAUAUGCAUCUGCCUCCCAAGCGCGUUUAAUCCAAACCCAGUUUCAAUUAGCAUCUCUUAGAAAGGGUUCAGACACAAUAUCAACCUAUUUUCGAAAAGCAAAGACCAUUGCUGACAUCAUGGCUGCAACUAGCUGUCCAUUACCUUCAAACGAGUUUGUUCCUUACUUGCUUGCUGGUCUUGACCCAGAUUAUGAUGCCCUCGUGUCCUCAGUCACCACCAGACUAGACCCUAUCUCCACAGAUGAAUUAUUUGGUCAUCUUUUGGCUCACGAGGCUCGUAUGCAGCACCAUGCUGCAAACCUUUCUUUUUUCCCUCCUCAGGAAACCUCGACUAAUUUCUCAGCCAGGUCUUCUCCCUCAAAUGCACGUGGUCGUGGCCGUGAUAGUCAAAGUUUUAAUCGAGGUCGAAAUCGAGGGGGUCGUACCUCAAAUGGCUACUCAGGUAACACUCAAUUUGCUCCAUCUUCUACAUUUACUGAUUCUCGUCCCAUUUGCCAAGUGUGUAACAGACUUGGCCACAUUGCUCUCAACUGCCUCUAUCGGUUCAACCAAGCCUACACAUCGGCUACUCCACCUUCUGCCCAUUAG